UGGUGAAGGCCACUGUCUCCCUCCUCUAACCAUUAACCAGCAAACAAGGUUUAGUGGGCAGUCUCCCCGAAGCCUUACUGUACAUAUGCUAGCAUCCCAGACAGCCGAGCAGAGCCAGCAAGAACGAGCGGAACCCACUGCAGACGGCAUAAUCAACCAGAACAAUGCCACUUGCUCUGCACACCUGUCUCCUCUGGCUAUCUGCCAGUGUCCUCGUGACUGCCCACGCCAUGAAGGACAGCACCGCUGGGUCUUCAACGAGCCCUCACCGAGGCCUGGCUCCCACCAACGUUGACUUUGCCUUCAACCUGUAUCGUCAUCUAUCGACCUCGGAGCCUCACAAAAAUAUCUUAAUCUCCCCCGUGAGUGUCACAACGGCCUUGGCCAUGAUGUCCCUUGGCACAAUGGGCCCCACAAAGACACAGCUUCUCCAAGACAUGGGCUUCAACCUCACAGAGAUACCUGAAGAUGAGAUCUACCAGAAGUUCCAGGAGCUCAGUCACCUUCUCAGCCAGUCAGACAGCAACUUGGACAUGAGCAUGGGCAAUGCCAUGUUCCUCAACGAGGGCCGGAAGCUGAAGGAUUCGUUCUCAGAGGACAUUGCACGCCAUUACAAGUCAGAGGCCUUGCCCACCAAUUUCAAUGACUGGACUGAAGCCAGCAAGCAGAUCAACAAGCAUGUUGAGAGUAAGACACAGGGGAAAAUCACACAUGUGUUCUCAGACCAGGAGAGUCCAGCCGCCCUCAUCCUGGUCAACUACAUCUUCCUCAAAGGCAUGUGGGAGCUUCCCUUAAAUCCAGAAAAUACCAGGGAUGAGGACUUCCAUGUGAACGAGACGAGCACCGUCAGGGUGCCCAUGAUGUUCCAAUCAGGCAAUAUGGGUUAUCUUCACGACUCAAAGGUCCCCUGCCAGGUGUUAAAGAUGAGAUACUUGGGAAAUGGAACUACCUUCUUCAUCCUUCCAGACCAGGGCCAGAUGGACACUAUCAUCGCUGCGCUUAACAGGGACACAAUUGAGAGGUGGGACACGCUUCUGACCAAAAGAUGGGUGAACCUGUACAUCCCCAAGGUCUCCAUGUCUGGUACCUAUGACCUUGAAGAUGCACUGGCAGGCAUGGGCAUUACAGAUUUGUUCACCAGCCAAUCAGCUUUCUCAAACAUCACCGAGAAUUCUCCACUAAAGCCCUUAAAGGUGGUCCACAAGGCUGUGCUGCAACUGGAUGAGACGGGUGGGCCAAAUGCUGUCACCAGAGAGGCUUCCCUGAUAUCUGAACCACUCACCAUCACCUUCGACAGGCCCUUCGCUGUCCUAAUGUUUGACAACUUCACGUGGAGCAGCCUAUUGUUUGGCAAAAUCAUGAAUCCAUUGGGGCCACAGGACCAACCUAGGGAAUUUCCAGAAACUCAGCCAUAUCCCAGCAGGGUGUUAAUCAGUAACAGUCCUAAGGGGACCACACUUUGGAAUAACAAAUAUUUGCAGAAGGCUUUGGGCUGCAAAGCUUAUGCUUGUCUCUUUGCUCUGAAUGAUCUCAGCACCAGAGGUCUGGAACUGGAUGAAGGGAAGUGGCCCCUGGCCUCCACAGCUGAGCACAUGAGGGUGGUUUUUAGUCUCUUGCUUCCUGUCCUCCUGGCAGAGGUGUGGCUGGUAACCAGUUUGAACUUCAGCUCCCAUUCACCAGAGGCCCAAGCAGAGUUGGAGUCUCAGGAUCUUCAGAACCAGACUUGGGAAGAGAACACAUGGACUGUCCCCAGUGAUGAAGAAGAGGAAGAAUAUUGGCUGAGGACUAGCCUGCAACAGCUCUCCAAUGAGACUUCAAACUUUGGGUUCAGCCUGCUUCGAAAGAUCUCCAUGAGGCACGAUGGCAAUGUGAUCUUUUCACCAUUUGGCCUGUCAGUGGCCAUGGUGAGCUUGAUGCUUGGGGCCAAGGGAGAGACCAAAGUCCAGGUGGAGAAUGGGCUCCAUCUACAGGCACUGAGUCAAGCAGGACCCAUGAUCCUCCCAUCCCUCUUCAAGAGGCUCAGAGAGACCCUUUCCAGCAACCAGGAUCUGGACCUCACCCUGGGUAGUCUUGCCUUCAUCCACAAGGACUUUGAUAUCAAAGAGACCUACUUUAAUCUAUCCAAGGAGUACUUUGAUAUAGAGUACGUGCCUACAAAUUUUCGAAAUUCCUCACAGGCCAAAGGGCUUGUGAACCACUACAUUAACAAAGAGACACGGGGGAAAAUUCCCAAGCUCUUUGAUGAGAUUAAUCCUGAAACAAAGUUAAUUCUGGUGGACUACAUCUUGUUCAAAGGGAAGUGGCUGACUCCAUUUGACCCUGUCUUCACCGAGGCUGACACUUUCCACCUGGACAAAUACAAGGCAGUUAAGGUGCCCAUGAUGUACCGGGAAGGUAACUUUGCCUCCACCUUCGAUAACAAGUUCCGUUGUCACAUCCUCAAGCUGCCCUACCAAGGAAAUGCCACCAUGCUAGUGGUGCUCAUGGAGAAAACAGGUGACCACUUGGCCCUGGAGGACUACCUGACUACAGAUCUCGUGGAGACAUGGCUCCAGAAUAUGAAAACCAGGAAAAUGGAGGUUUUCUUUCCCAAGUUCAAGCUGGACCAGAGGUAUGAGAUGCAUAAGCUGCUCCAGCAGAUGGGAAUCAGGAAAGUCUUCUCCAGCUCAGCUGACCUCAGCGAACUCUCAGCCAUGGCAAGAAAUCUUCAGGUGUCCAAGGUCUUACAACAGUCAAUGCUUGAAGUGGAUGAAAGAGGAACUGAAGCAGUGGCAGGGACACUGUCAGAGAUUGUCGCUUACUCCAUGCCUCCUGUCAUCAAAGUGGACCGACCUUUUCAUUUCAUGAUCUAUGAGGAGAUGUCCAGAGUGCUUCUGUUUCUGGGCAGGGUGGUGAACCCCACUGUCCUGUGACUCAGACAUGUGUAAGCCCCAGUCACAGCCAGUGCUGAGCCAGAGUGCUGGUGGUCAAUGGUAAAGGAUGUGUCCUCUGUCCUCUGUACCCAGCCAGUUUGUUGUGGCUGUUCUCUGAUUAACACAGAAAUUAAAAUGACUCAUAUUUUAAGGA